CAGAAGUCGAGAUUGGAGGGAAGGGUGGUAGGCUGGAAAACUUCUUCCUCUCCUUUCACUAAGCCACUAUGGUUUUCCCAGGACCUGCUCUGCUCUGCUCUGCUCUCGCUUACCGGUUCAGACUCUCCUGAUGCGGCCUUUCCCUGAGGCCUUGGCCUAAGGGCUUCCUCCCCUCCACUUCCUUUCAGAGUCUUAGCAAAGCCGGCCGUGCUGCUGGAAAGCGUGUCACGCACGCCUCUCGCUCGGUGCGUUUCCACACUCCACCUCCUUGGGCUUUUUUCCUCCAUCGCCGCCACCUUCUCUUCGCUCUCUCCUGUUGGACUUGUCUUUAUUUGGCGCUGCCGGAAACUCCCCGGGCUGCACCUCCCUCCCUUUGUGCUGCUUUUUGUGAGUGACACCACUUCAUACUGAAGAGGAAGAGGAGGGAGGGAGGGGGAGCGAGGGAGCGCCUACGGAUUUUCGUGGUGGAGAGGAGAAAAGAGGCUCCAAACAGAAUGGCAGAAGUGGCUUUGAUAGAAAGAUUGGAAAAUGCUGUAAUUAGGCUUGAAUCAUUGUUGUCAGAGUCACACAGAGCUGCUGGAACUAUCAAUGGAUUCAAUGGAGAGGUAGCGCCAUAUGUUGAAGCUUUUGAUAGACUCAUGAAUGGGAGUCUAGCUGAAUUUAUAAAGAAUAGCAAGAUCCUUGAUGGUGAUGUGAAGACUCACGCAGAAAUGGUUCGUGCAGCUUUCCAAGCUCAAAGGGCAUUUCUUCGGUUGACCUCACAUUAUCAAGAACCUCAGGAGAGUGAAGUUGCCAUUCUUCUAAAACCAAUAUCGGACAAGAUUCAGGAAAUUCAGAUGUUCAGAGAGAGAAACCGUGGAAGCAACAUGUUUAAUCAUCUGUCUGCUGUCAGUGAAAGUAUUCCAGCUCUUGGAUGGAUAGCAAUUUCUGCUAAGCCAGGGCCUUAUGUAAAGGAGAUGAAUGAUGCUGCUACAUUUUAUACUAACAGGGUGUUAAAAGACUACAAACAUAGUGAUUUGCGUCAUGUUGAUUGGGUGAAAUCAUUCUUGAAUAUCUGGACAGAGCUUCAAGCAUACAUAAAAGAAUAUCAUACUACUGGGCUCACCUGGAGCAAAACUGGUCCAGUUGCCUCAGCAACAUCAGGUUUGCCUGCUCUAGUGAACAACCAAGGCCUUCUUCCUCCUCCGCCACUACCACCUCCACCGCCUCCACCACCAGGAUCUCCUCCUGUCAUCGAUACAGGAAAUGCAAAAGAUGAUACAACUGCUACUCGCUCAGCUUUAUUUGCUCAAUUGAACCAGGGAGAAACAAUUACUCAAGGGCUUCGACAUGUCUCUGAUGACCAGAAGACCCAUAAGAAUCCCAGUCUGCGUGCUCAAGGAGCACCAAUUCAAUCUCCUACCAAAACCUAUACUUCUGAGUCUUCCACGAUACCUCCUCAAAAGAGUUACUCUCCUGUGUUAGAACUUGAAGGCAAAAAAUGGAGAGUGGAGUACCAGGAGGACAAGAAUGACCUAUUAAUUUCAAACACUGAACUCAAGCAAGUAGCUUACAUCUUCAAGUGCAGUAAAUCUACAUUACAGAUAAAAGGAAAAGUUAAUUCCAUUACUAUUGACAACUGCAAAAAGUUUGGCCUUGUAUUUGACAAUGUUGUUGGUAUUGUUGAAGUAAUAAAUUCCAAGGAUAUUCAGAUACAGGUACUUGGGAAAGUGCCAACCAUCUCAGUGAAUAAAACUGAAGGCUGCCAUAUAUACCUCAGUGAGGAAUCAUUGGAUUGUGAGAUUGUGAGUGCUAAGUCAUCUGAAAUGAAUAUCCUGAUACCACUGGAUGGCGACUAUAAAGAAUUUCCUGUCCCUGAACAGUUUAAGACAUCAUGGGAUGGAUCGAAAUUGGUUACUGACCCUACAGAGAUUGUGGGUUAGCUUCCAUAGGCCAUACAGAAACUGCUGACCAUGAUCUCCAAAGAAAUUCUGCCAGAAGAAAGUAGCAGCACGAAGAACAAGUAGCACUAGUUUGUACCAUGGGCGUCUCCACAGGGGGACACCUGGGGCAAAUGAUGACAUGUGCAUGAUGACAUCAUUGUGCAAAUACUACAGAUUAUCUGCUUGUGUCAGAAGGUAGGAUGCAAGUAUAUUAUUGAAGCAUUUGCAUGAUGUCACUAUGCAUGUGUCGUUUCUUGGCAUUAUUGCUGUUUGCUGCUGAUGCCAAUAGUUUAUACUGCAGUUAAUAGGUUUUCAAGAAGCUAUUCCAUGGCCUAAAAUCAGUUGCUUUACAUAUAUUAUUUUUUCUUCACUGAGGUAAUCAUUGGAGGAAAAUAUAUAUAUAAUGAAAUGCAUAAUUACAUUUCAGGAAGGCAUGGUUUUUUGCCAUGAUUACACAUGCUUGGAAAUCAUUCUAUUCAGUCUCUGUAUACUUUUUGUAAGUAAACUGACAUUUUAAAAAUAUCCACAAUUUGCUUUUGCUUUUUUUUUUUUGCAGAUAACGCAUACACAGUUAUCAUAUGAAUGUAUAAAGAUGUUAGAGUUAAGCCAGUGGCUAUUUCAUACAAUAAGCCAAAUUAUCUGCAUGAUAUAUUUUGUAAUAUUUCAGCGCAUUCCUUUUUUUAAAGUUUUGGCAGGCAAAAGAAAAUAACAAUCAAUCAUAAUAUGUUAAAAUAUUUCAUGGAAUUGAUCAUGUACUAAAGCUGGACCUCAAGAAGUCUGUAGUUUUUAAUGCUUUUAAAAGUAAAGUAUCAACUCUCUGGAGAAUAUUUGCUAAUGGAAAAGAAGCCAGAUGUUUUAAUUAUAUUUCAGCUACAUGCUUCCAUCCUCUGUUCCGUGUUUUUAGCACUGUGGAGGCUGAUAGUGUAGCACCUGCAAGGGCUAUAUCACCUGCAGUACUAUACAGUAGCGCACCCUGAACUCCACUUUAAAAAGAAAAAUGCCCAAAAUCUAGUGAUUCCAAAUGUUUCAAGUUCUCUGUUCUUGCAUGAGAUCUUGUGAGAUCAUGGAUGAUGAUGAUGAUGAUUUUGUAACUACUGCUUAAAAAGCUAUUGGCCCAUUUGCUGGAUUUUUAACUUUGAUCAUUUUUAUUUCAACUUGCCUCAGGGUCCCAUUUCCAGAAACUGUUAGGUUUUUCUUUCAAAAUUUUAAGAUUGUUAUUCCAAAAUGUAAUGUUAAUCUCUGCUCAUAUUUCAUGUGAAUAUCCCCUGCCAUUAAGCUUUUUUAAUGAAUAGUAGCAAAUUUAUAAUACAACCUAACUGUGAAAGCGAUGGGAUUCUGCAAUAAAAUACAAAUUCAAAUGAAAAUUAAGCAGCUUCUGGUUUUAAAAAAAAGUAUCUUAGAGAUUUCAUUUUGUUCAGAGAAGUAGGUAGAGUUGUAGAUCUGUUUUUAUUUCUGUUUGUAAAAUUUGCAUGCAGAUCUUUGAAGGCUUACAUUUUUCUCCAUAAAUUCUGAACUCAGACUAAAUAAAUUGUAUUUUUAGGGGAUAUAUGCUUGAUUUCAUAAUCCAUAUUGUUAAUUUUUAACGUUGAUGUGGUGUGUAAUACUGUAUGAUUUCAAUGCACAGUACUUAACUUUGCCAUGUAUCUUUGGUUACUUAUAAUACUUCAUAAUAGCAAAACAAUAAUAGGCUUAUAAAACUCAGCAGGACCUAUAUUGUGCCUAUUGCAACUAACUCUUUUUUACUGCAAUAUCCAUCAGUGUUACAAUAGGGCUCAUAAAAUAAAAUUUUGGUAUGUUGUUUGAUCAAUAUGUAUAAUGUUGUGGGUUUAGUACAUGCCAAUUUCAGUUGUAAACAUUUGGCAUGAAUAAAGAUAAAAUUGCAACUUU